AUGCCAGAUCUUAAAGGGGUCUUCAGUGUCAGUUCUGCUAAGGAGUUGGUGCGAAACAAAUUUCCAAAGGUGGAACGGGCGUCGCUGAUUUGGAGAAAGGAGAUUCACCCAGUUCUUGCAGCUCAGAACUGGAAAUUUUUGCGUGGGAUUUGCGCUACUCAUGACCUGAUUAAGGAAAGAUUUAAAAUUCCUAUAGCCAGCAGAUGUUGUCUUUGUGGAAUUGAGGAGGAAACACUUGAUCAUGUGUUGUUUAGUUGCAGCUUUGCAACCCGAGCCUGGAAUUGGAUUUCUCAGAUUUUUGAUUUAAUUCCUAAUAGUAAUCUGAUUAUUUCUUGUAAGGCAACAUCAGGAAGAAGUCAGAUGGUGUGGGAGUUAUGGCUGCUUGCAAACCUUGUUUUUAAAUCUGAGCUGUGGGCUUUGAGAAACAAGGGAGUGUUUGAGCAGAAAAAGCUUUACUGGAACGUGUUUUUAAAGAGCGUUUUGAAGCGCGUGAAGUGGCAGCAGCCGAAAGAAUACUUUUGGCAUCCUCGUGAGAGUAAUGAAAUCUUGUUAUAUUGUGAUGGUGCUGCGAGAGGAAAUCCGGGAAGAGCUGGAGCAGGUGUUGUAGCUCUUGAUGCUUCUUGCAAUGUUAUUGGUGCUAUGUCAAUUGGCUUGGGUAUUACUACAAAUUAUCUGGCAGAAUUAUAUGGGUAUUAUUGGUUUGGAAUGGGCUACAAGAUGGGAGUUAGACGUAUUUGUAUUCGUUCAGACUCUUCUAGUAUGGUGGAGGCUAAAUAA